CUUCUUUUCUUCUUCUGCUUCUUCUUCUUCGUCUUCUUCGUCUUCUUCCUCUUUCUUCGCUUCGUGGUCCCCGUCCUUAUCUUGGUCCUUUUUAAAUCAUCCUGCUGUUUGCACUGUUUUAGCACUCAACUAUAUACUUAACUAAUCACGGGGGGGAACAACUGAUUUCCCGGCGCUAGUACCGAUCCGGCACUGCGGGGAGAGCAGCUUCGCGGCGACGAGACAGCACGCGAGUGGAGAGGGGAGAGAGAGGGAAAAAAAAAAAAAAGGAGAGAGACACAGAGAGAGAGAGUGUGUGUGUGUUAGAAAGAUUGAGAGAUAAUCUCGCAUCCCGGCAUGCGUCUUGCAACGUGAACUCUUCCCUGAAACACAGACUGUCGGAUCGCCCCAGCUGCCUCGGCGCUGGCCCUUGUGUGCGAUGUGAACAGCCUAUGGAGAACGCUGAACCGACUGUCGCCCGCUCUGUAUCAUGGCCGCGCAGCGGCCUCUAGGGCCAAAGCCAUCGGAUUCUUCCUCCUUCGGGAUCCCUCCCACGGGCCCGCCGCCACCCCCUUCGAAUCCACCAAAACCGGCAAAGGGCCCUAGCACACGGAGAGCGUUGAGCUGCCUGCCGUGUCGGCGCCAUAAACUCAAAUGUGACCGCCAGGUUCCGUGCCACUCGUGCACCCGUUACCGCAGAGAGGACCUCUGUCGCAAGCAUCCUGCCCCCUCCUCCCUCCUCGAGGGGGUCCGCGGCGGCCCAAAGGCGCCCACCAAUGCGAUCGCCGCCGUCUCGGACGCCUCCUCCUCUUCCCCUUCCUCCUCUGCCCAGGACGCCACUCCUUACUCCAAUCCAACGUCCAAACCCGGUACAGCUUCCGUCGUCCGGCCCGAGACAACCCUCAAUCCUCCUCCCUCGACCACCAUCAGGGACGCAGGCACAACUGCUUCACUGCCUCUCGGAAACACUCUGUCUCUGAGGACUUCAACAAGCCAAAACAGCGAUGUCGUUCUGAGGGUCGCCGGCACUUCGACCGCCCCCCGUACCCUUCCCAUCCUUCUUUCGGCCGUUCAGGGCCUUAAUUCCCAGGCUGAAGUGGCUUCGUUUUGGAAAUCGGAGCUCACUGCCUCUUUACCCAGCAAGUACCAGUGUGACUUGCUAACCAUGUAUUACCUCGAGCAUAUCAAUUGGGUCUUUCAUUUCCUUCACUCCCCCUCUUUCCAAGAUGAAUACGCCGCAUUCUGGAACACCAAAGUUCAGGAUAUAAAUUUGAUAUGGUUGUCCUUCCUAUACUCCAUCAUAUCCUGUAGCGCAAUCUUUUUGCCCCUUGACGCUGCCCAGAACGCCGGGUUUCCAGGAAGAAGCCUCCGGAACAAAUCCCAUGAAUGCCAUCUCGGCCAAGCUGUGAGGAAUGCCCAGGCACUAGGUCUCGACAGGGAUGUUCCCGGUAAAAACUAUAUCGACACAGAGCUAAGACGGCGUAUUUGGUGGGAACUCUUCAACUGCGACAUCUUCCAAUCAAUGUGCCUCGGCAGGGCUCCCCUGAUAAGUACCAGCCCUUCCAAAGUUCCCUUCCCGGCCCACUGCAAUGAUGACGACAUCACCGAGACCUCGAUCAAGCCCAGACCGAUGGAAGAGCCGACUGACACCACCGCAAACAUCCUUCGUGCCGAAGCCUUCAUGAUAUUUGAAAAGCUGUACAAUACCGACGUCGAUCUCCUCAGCUCCUAUGAAUAUGUCAAAUCCGUUGAUGAUGAAAUCGCAGACCUCGUUUCCAAAUUUCCUUGGUACUUCCAGAUCGGGCCAAACCGAGAGUGUGCUAUUCUAGGCGAUCACCUCGAAUUCAUCACCUGGCAGCAUCAUAUGAUCAACAGCUGUAUAUGCAUGCAACGUAUCCGCAUGAAUAGACCCUUCAUCCACACCCGAACGGGAAAUUCCUGGGAAGUUUGUGUCAAGGCUGCCAAUGACGUCCUCGCCGUGUAUAGCAACCUCCGCAACCGCAACGUGGACGAAUUCCGCAAAUCCCAAAAGUUUCUCAUCCAAGGAUACCAGACUUUCUCAGCUGCAGUAUCUCUAGCGGGGUUCUUGCUCGUAGAACGGGCGUUUCCCGCAGAUAAUAUUCGGAAAGACAUCGAGAUGAUAAUUGCGGAUCUCGCAUACACCGACGCCAAUAUAUCAAUUGCGGUGGAUGGAAGGAAGGUCCUUAUCAAAAUGCUGGAAAUGCAUGAUCGCCGUGGCCUCCGUGAACCCCUGGAUCCUGAGACUGUGAUUUCUGAGAUCGCCACGGUAUUUGGAGGCGAACAGUCCACAAGAAAGUACCUAAAACGAUGUGAUAUCGGAUACGUCCUCAACGACGAGCCGGCAACAACAGGUCCGACUGCGGCGGCGGUGCCGGUCUCCACAACGAGGCCUGUCGACCAGACCGUCAGUGACCACGCUAUCGCCGCAACCCACCCACAGGCAAGCAUGGCCCACAUGAUAUCGAUGGGCACGCUUCCUGAGUACAGAGAUCCAUAUUACAAUAUGCCCGAAACGAUCCAAUUUACGUUCGAUGAUAAUUAUAUGAACUGGGACGUCAUGCUGCAGCACAUGUCGUAUUAUCAACAGUAA